UCGGUUCUGAUUUUGUAGCUGCUAGCCAAACAGGUUUCUCCAAAACAGUAGUAGAAAAUGUGGUUCGCUGUGCUCGCUCUAGUAAUUUUGCCACUGAUCGUGCUGGUGUACUUUGAACUCAGGGCAUCGCAUCGCCGCCAGCUGCUCAAGGAAUUCAAUGGACCCAGUCCGGUGCCCGUUUUGGGAAAUGCCAAUCGCAUUGGCAAGAAUCCGGCAGAAAUUCUGGCCACGUUCUUUAAGUGGUGGUACGACUAUGGCAAGGAUAACUUUCUUUUCUGGAUCGGAUACAGUUCUCACAUUGUGGUGACCAAUCCCAAGCAUCUGGAGUACAUUCUAAACAGUCAGCAGCUCAUACAAAAGUCCACCAUAUACGACCUAUUGCAUCCUUGGUUGGGUUCUGGUCUUCUAACCAGCUAUGGCAGCAAAUGGCACAAGCAUCGCAAGAUGAUUACCCCAUCAUUUCACUUCAACAUCCUGCAGGACUUUCACGAGGUGAUGAACAAGAACUCCAGUAAGUUUAUGGAUCAGCUGAAGAAAGCAAGUGCUGGAGACAGUAUCAUUGAUUUCCAAGAACAUGCCAAUUAUCUAACUUUGGAUGUGAUCUGUGACACGGCCAUGGGAGUGCCCAUCAAUGCGAUGGAGCAGCGUGAUUCCUCCAUUGUUCAGGCCUUCAGAGACAUGUGCUACAACUUAAAUAUGCGAGCUUUUCAUCCUUUUAAGCGUUCCCAAAGGGUCUUUAGUCUAUCACCUGAGUUUGCGGCCUAUCAACGAACAUUGAAGACGCUGCAGGACUUUACCUAUGACAUUAUUGAAAAGCGCGUAGAGGCGCUGCAGAAUGGAAGUUCUACGAAGCAGCAGGAUCCCUCCUUGCCCCGGAAAAAGAUGGCCUUUUUGGACACACUGCUUUCUUCCACCAUCGAUGGUCGUCCUCUCACACGGCAAGAGAUCUACGAGGAGGUAUCCACCUUUAUGUUCGAGGGACACGAUACAACCACCUCUGGAGUGUCCUUCGCAGGCUAUCUACUUUCGCGACAUCCUGAUGUUCAGAUGAAACUGUAUCAAGAGCAGUGCGAAAUUAUGGGAAAUGAUAUGAACAGGAAUCCGAAUUUCCAGGAGAUUGCUCAAAUGAAAUAUCUAGAUCUGUUUAUCAAGGAGGCACAGCGCGUCUAUCCCAGUGUCCCAUUUAUUGGCCGCUAUUGUGACAAGGACUACGAUAUCAAUGGAACUAUAUUUCCCAAAGGCACCACUCUUAAUCUAGCUCUCGUACUGCUAGGCUACAAUGAUCGCAUCUUCAAGGACCCCCAUCAUUUUCGUCCUGAGCGAUUUGAAGAGGGAAAACCAGGACCGUUUGAGUAUUUACCUUUCAGUGCUGGACCCCGUAACUGCAUUGGGCAAAAGUUCGCCCUCCUAGAACUUAAGACUGUGAUAUCUAAGUUAGUGCGAUCCUUUGAGGUGCUCCCAGCAGUCGAUGAGUUGGUCUCCAAGGAUGGUCGAAUAAACACUUACCUUGGACUUUCCCCCGGAGAAAAACUAAAGUGCGAGGCAGGGCGCCACAAAUACAAUCCAGUUUUAUCGGCGGUCUUGACCCUAAAAUCCGACAAUGGAUUGCAUCUUCGUCUCAGGGAACGGCGAUCCUGAUUAAAGAGGAUUUUCGAAAAACUUAGGAACCUCAAAAAUAUUUUGUAGUAUCUAUUUACUUAUAUUUAAAAUAUUUUUACCACGAAAUAAAUGAUCGU